AUGUCACAAGGUCCCGACAGCAAACGAGACUCAUUCCUUGAUGCCUUUGCGAAAGUAGAUGAAAUGGUGUCAAAGCCCGUCUUGGGAAGUGAUGGAGCCAACUCAUGGCAACAAUUUCGAAAAGGCAACAAAGCCAUCAACAAUCACAAGAGCGUUGCACCCAAGGCACCCUUGAAGAAAUCUGACAUGUUGGGAACCGGGUUUUCCAGCUGGGAAGAGGAACGAAAACAUGAGGAUCAAAUGCGACAGGCAAAAGGACAGACUUCCACUGGAUCGGGGUACACAACAUUCAAAAAAAAGAAUACAGUAGAAGAAGCGGCGGAACGAAAGCGGAUCAAACUGAUUGAAGCUCGGAUUCGACCGGACGACAAGAAAUACUUUAUUCCGUCUCCAACAUUUGAAGGAUGGAAGUACAACUAUGUGUUUACUACCAAAGUCGAUCAGGGGACGGGAUACUAUUGGGAUGGAAUGGACGCCAUUAAGGAACUGAAAGGCGAAUUAGUAUGGCCAAAGAAGAAGGUGGAAAAGGCGACUUCUGAAACCAGGGACGAAACAGAACAAGCUCCAAAGAAAAAGAAACGAAAAAAGAACCGUGGACCUACCAUCGUCAGUGAUCCUAACAAUCCAAUGGAGCAAGUCCACGCAAUCUUACAGCAAAGAAGACAAGCAGCUAGUGGGCUCAUAGCAGAUCUCCCUCCUGGUUGGGCGGCUUCAAUAGAUCCAUCUUCCAAGAAACCAUAUUACUACAAUCAAGCGACUGGUGAACGAAGUUGGACAAAGCCUGAAAAUGUUGACAAGGCCCAAUCCACAGCUUCAGACGAGCUACCAAAAGGCUGGAAAUCAGCAGUUGACAAAUCUACAGGAAAGACAUAUUACUACAAUGACAAGGGAGAGACCAAAUGGGAAAAGCCGACAGCGGCUUGUUGA